CCACACCCAUCGCCACGCCUUUUGAUCCUUGACUAUCCUAUUUUGUAAUCGCCUUCCCAUCUUCGUUUCGUCCCAUGUGUAAUCUAUACCUUCCUUGCCAGUGAAUUCCCCCAUCGUACUCCCGGAUGCCGACGCCCGAUGGUGCGAUGGUCUCGCCAGUGGAGCACGAGAGCAUCGCUGGCCGCACAACCUGCCCAGAAGAGUCGCGCAUCAUCACUGCCCACGGAUUGAAUGAAGAACUCGAUCUUGGUGUCGCCAGCAAUGCCGAAUCGGCGACCCAUGUCCCAAUGCAACAGCCCACUCCUCCGCCGCAAGACUCUCCUGGCCAUGCGCAAACGCCUACAGAAGCCCACUCCAAGCCCGCGAACACAGACAUAGAAGUCCCAAGCAGAGACAUCCCAACGCCCAUGACUGCAACAGAUGACGGUGGGGAGGAGCAGCGCGCCUCCCAAGCCUCACCGCUUUCCGCAAACACACCACUGCCAGUCUCGCUGUUCGCCAGCCAACUGUCGUCGCCAUUUCCUGCGCACAGGUUCCUCCCGAACACGUCCUCCUCCCUCCUCCGCCCCGGGAGCCGCUUCAAAGGCAGCCAGACAUCCGAUCGCCAGCAGUACGAAGUGGAAGUAGAGAUAAAGCAUGUCGACAUGCGUGAGUCGUUCAUGUGCGGAUACCUACGCAUCAAAGGGUUAACGGAAGACCAUCCAAGCUUGACUACAUACUUCGAAAGCGAAGUCAUUGGAAGCAAGUAUACGUUCAUCACACAGCACCCGGAGUGGGGGUCGAACGAGAAGGUGGACCGACAACACUGGGCUCGUUUUCCAGCGUACAAGCCACUCUCGAAAUAUUCGUCGCGACAAGAGCUAGUCACAAAGGAUUGGAUGCAGAAGGAGCAUUUGUUCAUGCGCUGGAAAGAAUACUUUUUGGUGCCAGAUCACCGCGUCCGGACGAUCAGCGGCGCAAGCUUCGAGGGAUUCUAUUAUAUAUGCUUCAACCAGGUCUCGGGCAGCAUUGAGGGCAUCUACUUCCAUGCCAAGAGCGAGAAGUUCCAGAAGCUGCAAUUGGAACAUGUGUCGACGAUGCCCGGUGAACCAGCGAAGCGCACAAGGCGCGAAGAGUACAAAAAGUCGCUCCUAACCGACGAGCAACAUGGGGCGUUACCAAAGAAGAAAUUCUACAGGCAACGCGCACACGCCAACCCUUUUUCAGAUCAUUCUUUGACAUAUCCAAAUAGCCCUGCGGAUAUGGACUGGGCGAGCUUGUAUCCCACAUACGCCGUCAAGAAGCAGGAGCAAGAGAUGGAAGACGCGCAGAACGAGUCACAUGACGCGAACGAGAAAACCCAACGGGCAGUAAAGGCAAUAUCGAAAAAUGUUGAGAUUGCAGACAUUGGGUGCGGCUUCGGUGGAUUACUAUUUGCGCUGGCGCCCAAAUUCCCGGAUACACUGAUACUUGGUAUGGAAAUCCGAACUUCGGUCACAGAAUACGUUCAUGAAAAAGUACGCGCGCUGCGGGUCCAAAAUGCUUCAACAAACGGCUAUCAAAACGUGUCGUGCAUCCGCGCCAACACCAUGAAAUUCUUACCCAACUUCUUCCAGAAGCACCAACUAUCGAAGAUUUUUCUCUGUUUCCCGGAUCCCCAUUUCAAGCAACGCAAACACAAAGCGCGUAUUGUAUCCUACACACUAAACUCGGAGUAUGCAUACGUUCUGCGGCCUGGCGGCGUGGUCUACACCAUCACGGAUGUGCAAGACUUGCACGAGUGGAUGAAGGGGCAUUUUGAGAAGCAUCCUAGUUUCGAGAGGGUGGAGAAAGUGUUCGAAGAGGGGGAAGGGGAGGAUGGAGCGGGUAUGGAUGAAUGCGUGAGGGCGAUGCGGGUCGAGACGGAAGAGGGCAAGAAGGUGGAGAGGAAUCAGGGAUUGAAGUUUGUGGCUUGUUUCCGGAGGAUUGAGGUUCCACCUUGGCCUUGACGUGUAGCUGAUUUGUGAGAUUUUUUGAGGUAAAAUUGAUAGAGAAGAGUGCCAUAUGGUUAACUAGGUGCUCGUAUGCCCAGAAAAUAGACUGCCUGCCUGAGAACGACG